UGUGACUGUCUCCACCGCCCCGCGCUGCAAUGUUUACAAACACUCCACCAACACCACGCCACGCCAGCUUAGAGGAGCAGGACAUGCCUUGUUAAUACAUGAAACUUGCUUACAGGAGACUGCAAGGAAGUGUAUACUGUACCGUGCUAGUCAAUAGACAGCCCCUCCUGACUGUGGAACCAACCAUUCAUAAAUAAGAAAGGACAGCAUGGAAGUCAUCUCUCCUGAGGGUCUGAGACAGGAUGGCCGCACAGCACUGUGUCUGAGGGACAUCAGCUGCCGCCUGGGUCUUUAUGAGAGACCCAAUGGCAGCGCCUACAUUGAGAUGGGCAACACCAAAGUCCUGGCUGCUGUGUAUGGUCCACGAGAGGUGCGGUCACUAAGCAAACAAAAUUUGGACGAAUGUGUGAUCCAAUGUGAGAUGAGCCGCAUUGCAGCAUGCCAGGGAGAGCGAGUGAGGCGGCCCAGGGAUCAGCGUACUCGUGCACUCAGCCUGCAGAUUGCUGGAGUGUUUCAUGCUGCGAUACGGAAAACAAAGUACCCAGGCUCACAAAUAGAUAUUUAUGUACAGGUGCUGCAGGCUGAUGGGGGAGUGACCUCUGCCUGCAUCAAUGCCUCCACUCUGGCGUUGGUACAUGCUGGAGUGGAGCUUGUGGACUAUGUGGUGUCCUGCACUGCCUCCAUUAACAAGAGUAUGCCCCUGCUAGAUGUGACCCAGCAAGAGUCAGCAUCAGGCUGUGAGGUAACUGUCUCUAUUCUCCCCAACAAGGGCAGUGUGGUAUCUCUGGACUGUGCCCACACUCUCCACCUUGACCACCUGGAUGAAGUAGUGGAUCUAGCCAUGAAGGGCUGCCAACAAGUUUACAAAGCCAUGAGUCAAGAAGUUGAGACAUAUUUACAAGACAAACAUGCCAUAAUGUCUCAUCGCUGAGCAACAUUUAAGCUUAGUGUUGUGUUUUCACUUUGUGGUGUCAAAAUAUCCCUCUUCAUCUCUUAUUUCCUAUCAUGACAUUCACAUCCUGUAUGACUUUCAGAUUUUUUUUUUAAACCAAUUCUGUUAUACUCUUUUAUUAAAAUAAAAGACUAAAGAUUUA